AUAUUCUAUGUUGUAUUAUCAUAAUUAUAUCUCUAUGAUUGUGACAAAUAAAUAAUAAUACAAAAAACAAAACGGAAUUCAUUCGGAAUAAAAUAUCAGACUACAUACUAAAGCUACAUAUUAAAGAUAUCUAGAUCAAGAUACUGGGUAGAUACCUAGUCUCUAGACUAGUAUAUUAGAGAUCUGUGAUACCUAACCUUCUGUUCUAAGAUCUGUUACCGGGUUACUGAAUCUUGCGACUUAGUUAACAUGGACGGCAGAGCUGCCUGCACAAGUUACGCCACUCCCUGCAUUAGCUAUAGUGUACCAGACACAGCUAGCAAGAAAAUAAGAACUGUAGAUCAACAAGUGAAGUCAAUAUUGAGAACAGUUAUAGAAAGGUGUAAAAAAGAAAAAAGCAGUAAUUGUUUACAAGUGCCAAUAGAAGAUUGCUACGAAAGAGUAUCUUUUUAUACAGCAUUGCCAAAAAUGUUUGUUUACCAUGUUAUAGAUGAUAACCCAUAUAGAGAAGAUGUUUUUGAUGAUGAUGACCACAUCAUACUAAUGGAAUGCAUCAACAUAUUCCUAGCUAGCAAAUUAAGUCUAAGGAUUAAGGAUCUGUAUGAAAAAUUUUUGAAACAUAGGAAAACUACUAACCACAAUGCUCAAUAUACUCCAGACUUGCAAACCUUUGAAAAAAAAAUAUUAUUCAACUUUGGUUAUACAUAUAAAAAAAAUUUGAUAGGUCCACCUUUAAUUCUUAUUGAAGAUCCAAAACUUAAAUUUGACAGAUAUAAUUAUUUGUAUAAAAUAAAGGAUUUUAGAGAAAAAAAAUUAAACAUUUAUUACAUUGAUGAGAAAUAUAUUUUAAAACUUCCUUUUAAGGACCCAGUUAAAGAUCAGAUAAGCAGUCAUUUGAAAUGCGAGGGUUUAAUUUUUUUCCACAUAAUAUCAUUGGAUGGCUAUGAAAAUGGUAUAUAUGUUUCUCAGGAAGGUGUGGAGAACCAUGGAGAGAUUUUCAAAAAAUGGAUGUUGGAUAUAGUGCUCUACAGUAUAAAACCGGGUAGCGUUAUUGUAAUGGCAAAUAAUUAUAUACAUGGAUCACUUCCUAAAAAUUCUAUAACAAGAUAUCAUUCAAAAAAAUGCAUGCUGCAAUGGUUGAGGGACAAUGAUAUUCCCUGUGACCCUAAUAUGAAGAAACCUAGAAUUUAUGAGUUAAUUGAAAAAUGCACUCUCAAUAGUAAAGAUUAUGAUAUUGAUCGGGUUUUCAAGUGUCACGGUCAUCAUGUGCUGCGACUACCAAACAAUUUUCCAUCAUUGAAUCCUACAUAUUUUUUGUGGGAUUAUAUAAACAAUCUAUCAAAUUUCAAAAGUCUUACAAUGGAAAAAAAUGUGGAAGUUUUGAGAGACACCUUAGUAAAAUACAUAUCAAACAUUGAUAAACAAAUGUGGUCAAUAUUUUUUAACAGCACCUUUAAAAUUGAAAACCAGAUUUUUGAAAUAGAUUUGGUAACUGAAGAUCUCUUAGAAAAUAAUUGUGAAUUAGAUGAAAAGUGUUUCUUUGAGGCCUCAUCAAAUUUUAAUAUUAAAGAAUUUUUAGAAGAAUAAUGUAAUAAUAAAUCGUUAUCUGAAAUCACA